CAGAAGGAUGCCACGGAGAAAGAAAAAAGUGAAAGAAGCCGUUGAAUCUCAGAACCUGGAGAAGAAGGAUGUGGAAACUCCCAGUUCUGUCAGUGCGAGGAAGAAGCGCAGACUUGAAGAUGCAUUCAUCGUGAUAUCUGAUAGCGAUGGAGAGGAGUCAAGGGAAGAGAAUGGAUUGCAGAAGACAAAGACAAAGCAGUCAAAUAGAGCAAAGUGUUUGACCAAAAGAAAAAUUGCACAGAUGACAGAAGAAGAACAGUUUGCUCUGGCUCUCAAAAUGAGUGAGCAGGAAGCUCGGGAGGUGAACAGCCAGGAGGAGGAAGAAGAGGAGCUCUUGAGGAAAGCCAUUGCUGAAAGUCUGAAUAGUUGCCAACCUUCUGAUGCUUCUGCUGCCAGACCUCAACCUCUGCCCACUGGACGGCCCUCACAGCCCCACCAAGAGAAAACCACAGACUCUGGGACCACGAAAGGCACAUGGCAGCUGGUUCCUCCAUCUCUGUUUAAAGGCUCACAUGUCAGUCAGGGAAACGAGGCUGAGCAGAGAGAGGCGCCUUGGGACCACACUGAGAACGCUGAAGAGGAGCCGGGCUCCGGCAGCUCAGCAAGCUGGGACCGGUCAAGCCAGCCAGUGCUUGAGAACGAGAACGUUAAGCGUUUGGGCAGAUGUACUGGCCACUUGGCUGAGCACACCCAGUGUGGGAAGCCGCAGGAAAGUACUGGGCGGGGCUGUGCUUCUCUCAGAGCUGACCAGGGUAGAGGGGACACGUCUAGUCACAGUCUGCCCACCCCAGCAGACGCCAAAGGUCUCCAGGACGUUGGGGGCACCGUGCACUACUUCUGGGGUGUUCCAUUCUGCCCUGCUGGAGUAGACCCGAACCAGUAUACUCAGGUCAUUCUCUGCCAGUUGGAGGUUUAUCAGAAGAGCCUAAAAAUGGCUCAGAGACGGCUCUUAAAAAAAAAAGUGUUUGGGGAACCAGUGUUACCUAGACCUCCUUCUCUGAUCCAGAAUGAAUGUGACCAAGAAGAGCAGGCUAGUGAAAAAAAUGAAGGCAUCUCAGAAGCUAUGGGAGCUGAAGACAAAGAGGAGAGGCAGGAGUCUAGGGCAUCUGUCUGGCACUCGAAAGCCAAGGACUUCCACGAAAGCCCAGUGGAAGGCUUGAAAGAGGACCUUUUGUUGGAGGAAGAACCAACAACCAGUUGUGGUCAGUCUUUCCGUGGGCUAUUUGUUGAAGAAUCUCCUGAAGAGGGGAGCUCUGGGCCUGCCUCCCAAAGCAUCGCUGCUUUGACCAGUAAGAGCAGCUCGGUCCUUAUGCCAGAGAGUUCUGCAGAAGAAAUCAUUGUUUGUCCUGAGACACAGCCAAGCACCUCUGAAACCCUUGACCUUAAAAGUGAAGUCUCUCCAGGAAGCAGAGAGACCAUGAAAGAAAAAAGAAGAAUAAUGGCAGAUAAGAAGGUUGGUGACAAGGAGGAUGCCGAGAAGGAAAUACCUAUUUCUGCCUUCUCAUCCAGUACCGAGGUAUCCUGCCCACUCUGUGACCAGGGCUUCCCACCCACAAAGAUUGAGCUACAUGCCAUGUACUGUGAUGGUCUGAUGGGGCAAGAUACAGUAUUGACUCGGAGACAAAAAGAGGCCAGGAGCAAGAGCAACAGUGGGACAGCUGCCCAGACUUCCCCAGACCUUGACAGGAAUGAGAAGUGUUAUCUCUGCAAAUCCCUGGUCCCAUUCAGAGAGUACCAGCGUCAUGUGGAUUCCUGUCUCCAGCUUGCAAAGGACGACAGAGGAGAUGGGCCAUGUCCCAACGUGGGCCGCAAGCGGCCACAGAGGCUGCGGCACCCAAAGGAAAAAGGCCACAGUGAAGGCCGACUCCUCAGUCUCUUGGAACAGUCUGAGCACAAAUCUAAAGAUGCAGAGACAGAGACCAAGACGUCAGAAACAGGAGCCUGCAGGGCGCCCUCACCAGGGCUGGAAGAGGCGGGCUGCAGCAGCGAGAAGCGGAGUUCCCACAUACAUCCCGACUUAAGUGAAUCUCCCAUCAAGCCUUUUGUUUCCAUUUCAGAAGCCACAGACUGCUUAGUGGACUUUGAAAAGCAAGUUACUGUCCGGCAGGGUAGCCGGACCCGGACCAAAGCUGGCAGAGGAAGGAGGAGAAAAUUCUGAAGGUCUAGGGUCCAAAGGUUGACAGAACCAUUGGCACCAGGGUAGGGCCUGUUUAUUAAGCCCUUCCUAGUGACCUCCAGUUCCUUGUUGAGCAAGUUUCAGCCCCGCAGUUUUCACCACCAGCACCACUCAGCAUCCCAGUUUUUAUGUUUUUUAUGACCUAUACAGACAACUGUUUAUAGUAUUCUGUUUUAUAACAGUCUGUUUGAAUUAACUUGUCGUUAAAAGAAAAUUUAAAUAUAUUUAUGUUUGUAUGAAAUCUUGUUUCAAUAGAUGGAGAGAUCUUAAUUUUUUCCGCCAUGUUGUUGGGUUUGGGGGUGGAGAUAUUUUCGAUGUAGAGGUAGUUUGUCAGACUCGUAAAUUAUUUAUUUCUGAAUGAAUUCUGUUAGUGGUCUUUGACAUACCACGGGUAUAUUUACUUAAUGUGUAGUACACAAUUCUGAACACUG